ACGUGACUGUUGUCAGUUUCCAAAUCACAAAAAACAAUCGUCUCCCAUUUCCAUUGGGUAGCCAUUUCUUCUCGAAACUCCAAUCUUCUUGUUGUAAAUAAAAAAUAAUCGUAAUUCUUUGCCAAUUGCCAUUGUUUUUCUCCUUCAUUCAUUCAAUCAUCGAGUCACUGCUGUACUUUUUAUAUAUAUAUGUACAGUAAGAUGGGCAGCACGUGCUAUUCUGCUUAUUCCAUCCAAUCACUUAACCCCACGUGUCCCUCUUCCCUUAUCUUCACUCUCCAUAAACCCCAGUUGCAACAGACUCACAAUAUCAAAGAAACAACAAGAAGAAGAAGUGUUAGAAGUUGUAAUAGUAAUACUAGAACAAGAAGAAGAAUGACAGGUGUUGCUGCAAUGAAUGCUGUGUCAACACCAGAAGUUGAUGUACAGAAUCAACAGGAGUUGAAAAAAGGAAUAGCAGAAUUAUAUGAUGAGUCAUCAGGGAUUUGGGAAGAUAUAUGGGGUGACCAUAUGCAUCAUGGAUUUUAUGAACCUCAAUCAUCUGUUUCACUUUCUGAUCAUCGUGCUGCUCAGAUCCGUAUGAUUGAAGAGGCUCUACGUUUUGCUUCUGUUUCUGGUAAAUGGGCUUCUUUUUCUUUGAUAGUUUUGCGCAGCACGCCUUCGACUUGAAUUGAACUAUAUAUA